AUGAACAAUCGAUUACUAUAUUACAGCAUCUCCGAUGUCUUAGUUUGUCUUGUGAUUGGAGUGGUAAAUAUAUUUCAGAAAUCCUGCUCUUAUGGAUUUGCCAUUUCAUUUCUUGCAGAGUCUAUUUUGAUGAUUGCUUUUAUUGUUUUGCUUCAAAAAAACUUUUUAAAUGCCUUGAUCAGAGAUUGUUACUUAAUAAUUUCAUGUAUUUUAUGCUAAAUUUUGCAAAUUGAGUUCUCAGAAUAAAAAGACUCUCCUGUAUUUACUAUAAAUAUUAUUAGGAAUAUAUGCUCUUCUUCAUCAUAAGAUUAUUGGUACUUAUAACAGUUAUUUAAAGAAUACCAUUUCGAAUCAGCAUUUUUAUUAUUAUUUAUAUCUACUUAUGUAUAAGAUUAAGGUUUUAUAGAAAUAUAUUUCCUUAUCUUGGUUUGAUAUUUGUACCUUUAGUAAUCAAAAUAGAUAAGCAACAAUAAAAUCUUUCUAAUUUAAUUACUGAUUUUUUCAAAGAGACAAUUAAAUAUCCUAUAUUAAUAAUAGAUGCCUAAUCAAAACAACCUUUAUUUCAUACUAAUUAAAUUGAAUCUGAUUUUAAUUAUUCAAUUAAUAAUCAAAAGAACUUCAUCAAUACUCUAAAAUAAUUUUAAGAUUCUGCUCAUAAAUCUUUAAGUUAGAUUUUAGAUGAACAAAAAUUACUAACUACAACUGGAGAUCUAACUUAAUAUUGUAAACUUUAAGUAAUUUCUAAUGAAGAUUAUUCAUAUAUGGAUUCCCCUUAAAAUAAAAAGAUUUCAACAUUUAUUCAUGAUGAAAUUAAUGAAGAUAAAUAAUAAUUAGUUGUUUAAAGUCCUAAAAGUUAGAUUGAUACUCCUUAAAAAAUAAAAAAAAGUAAAUUUGGAUAAUUUAAAGAUAGUCAAUAUCUUUUAGAUAAAAUUAAUGAAUUAAAAUAAAAAAAAUUAAAUAUUUAAGUCUAACAUUGCAUUUGGAAUUAUAAAGAAGCUUAUAUGAUUUAAUUAAAAGAUUUAAGAAAUCAAUAAAUGAUAGAAACAUUGAAUGAAGAAUUAGAAGAAAGUAAAAGACAAAAUGAAAAUAAGGAUUAGAUUUUAGCCACAGUGUUCCAUGAUUUUAAGACUCCAAUUAAUGGUAUUUCAACUAUUGUGGAGGCUAUGGAAGAGAAAUUUGAGAUUAAUUCAUAAUAGAAAUACUAUUUAAGAAUAAUUAAGAAAAAUGUAUAUUUGAUGUUGUAUAUGAUACAAGAUAUUUUGGAUUUCGCGAGAAUUCAAAGAAAUUAAUUAAGGUUGAGCAUCAGUGAUUUCUAUUUAAAUGAAAUAAUAGAAGAAGUAGUUGAAUUGGUGGCAAUAUAAGCGGAAUAGAAGGGAGUUGUGAUAACAACAAAUUAUGAUCUACCGACUUACUAAAUUUAUAGUGAUCCAAAUAGAAUUAAAUAAAUCUUAAUGAAUUUUAUUUCUAAUUCAUUGAAAUUUACUGAAUAAGGAUCUAUAACAAUUUCAGUGACUUCCCAUCAAACAGAUAAAUCUUAACAUAUUGUUCGAACAGGUUCAUCUAAAAAUGUUUUAAACUAAUAACAAAAUUAAUAAUCUAUAGGGUAAUUGAGAAAAUAACUAUCAGGGAUAUCAGUAAAGUCAAUAUCUGGAUCUAAUAGAAUGAUUUAUACUAUAACAAUAGCAGAUACAGGUUGUGGGAUAUCUGAAAAAAUUAAGCCAAAGUUAUUUAAUAUGUUUGCAACAUUCCCAAGUAAAGAAGUUUAGAAUAAAUGUGGUACAGGAAUUGGAUUAAUGGUUUGCAAGAAAUUAAUUAAAUUAUUGGGGCCAUCUGAAAAUAUAGAUCUAUGGAGUGAAUAAAAUAAAGGAACCAAGAUGUCAUUUUAAAUAUAUUCUCGAUUAUCGGAUGAUCCAAAAAGAUCUCCAAAUUAUAUAAGUGUAUUCAAAUAAGAAAAUAGCUAAAAGAAUUUUAAUAUUGAUAAUCAAUCUUAAUAUGAUGAAUAACACUCUAUCCAAUAAAAAUUUGUUCGUUCUUCAUUAUUGUAUGUUUAUUAAAGAUCAGUAGAUAAACAGGAUGCUAUUAUUGAUUUUGAUUUGCAUCCUGAAUAUGAAGAUAUUAAUGAAUAGAAAUUCCAUAAUAUUAAUUACAUGAAGAACUAACGAUUCCCUACAAUUGGGAAAAUAAGAAAUAAAGAAUAAGUACUUGAUGAUUCAUAAGAUGUAAUUGAUCCAAGAAAUCGUUUAUAAAAGAUAUUAAAAAAUAAACCACAUUUUUCCAUUUUGAUUGUUGAUGAUCAACCAUUUAAUGUAAUAGCUUUGAAAUUGCUUUUAUAAGAUAUCUCCUCAAAUAUCACAUUUUUAGAGGCUUAUAAUGGUUAGUAAGCUAUCAAUAAAUUAAAAGGUUUCUAAAAAUAAAAAAAUAUCAAAUACAUAUUUAUGGAUUUAUUGAUGCCAAUAGUAAAUGGUUGGUAAGCUACAUAAAUGAUUAGAGAAAUGGUAUAAUAUACAAUUUAUGUUAGAUAUAAAAAAAUGAAGUAGAUGAUCUUAAAAUUAUAGCAAUUUCUGGUUAUGAUGAUGAAAAUGAACAGGAAAGAUGUGGAAAUAUUGGAUUUGAUGCCUUUAUUACUAAACCUGUAAAAUUGGAAAUGAUUGCAGAAGUGUUUGUUUAGUUAGAGAAAGUUUGAAAUUAAAAUUUUGAAAUAUUACUGAUUAUAUAUAUAUUUAUAGCAAAUAAUAAUCCGUAUAUUAUAAUUAUUUUGUUUAUAUUAUUGUUAAGAAAUUAAGUAUAUAUUUGAAAUUCCACAAUAAAAAAUAUUUAUUAAUUAAGUUGUCUUAGAAAAUCUUUGUAAGAAAAUUAUAUUUGGAUGAAAAAGGAGAUGUUGGUUACACAAAAAUCAAAGCAAGAUGGGAUGAAUUGAAAAAUUACAAUGUCAGCUUAGGCAAUAAGCAUUUUACUUAACAAGUAGUAGAGAAAGCUAAAACACUUUCUCAAGAAUAUUAACAAAGACUCUAAGACAUCAUGAUUGCAGGAUUAACCAAUGAUGAUAGUUCAGUUGGAAUUGCUGCUACAAGACCUGAGGAUUAUGAUUUCUUCCUCUUUUAUUUAGAACCUCUUAUAAGAGAAUAUCACAAAAUUGAAGGAUAAACUAAAUAAGAACAUGACUGGAAUAUCCCUGUAGGUGAAUAUGUUCUUACAAAAAUUGAUCCAAAACUAGAAAAAGUUUCAAUGAGAGCAAGAGUAGCCAGAAAUGUAGCUGGAUACAAUUUGUCUUCAUCAAUGGAUAAAGAUGAGAGAAUCAAAUUUGAAAACUAAAUGGUUGAAGUCUUUGAAAAAUUUGGUUUCCCUGGAAAAUAUCAUAGUUUAACUUCAGGACAUAUAAAAUUUAUUUCAGAUUAAGAAGAUGAUGUUCUUAGAAGCAAACACUUUUUGUUCAUAAGUAUGACACAUGAUAAUUACUUAAUGUCUAAUGGUGUAGCUUCUGAUUGCCAUAUGGAAGAGGUAUUUGGAUCAGCGAAGAUGAAACUAAAAUGGUUUGGGUUGGAGAGGAAGAUUAAUUGAAAAUCAUAAUUAUU